CUGAGUCAUAUUGGCAUUUCUCAUUUUUAUACUCUUUUAUUAUUGUAUUCAUAUUGUGGUUUGUCCAGCGAAGCGAUGUCUGGAGUUAUAAAUAGGCCUAUGAGUCAAAUGCGGAAGAUGGAGGCGAAAGAGUCCCUCUUCCGCACCCGCAAGCGGAUUCUCCGCUACCUGGUCCACAACUACCUGAAGGCUGAGGGAUUGUUCCACGCAGCUGAUACCAUGGCGGAGGAGGCAGGUCUCACCGCGGAGUAUGAGGUCUGCGAUAACAUAGACCUUGACAUCAUCAUGCAGGACUACACAAGCUACUACUUAUCGCGCUUCAACAAGCAGCCGCAGUUCCUCCGCCAGGUGUCGCCGCCGGCGCCCCGCAGGCCUCCAACGAGGCAGGCGAGACCGCGGGCGGAGCCCGAGGCCCUCACGGGGUUUGAGGCCUCGCUGCCUGACAUCACUGUCUCGCAGCUGGGUUUGGCUAAACAGAGCUAUGAAGGCAUACCAGCAAUAGAACUGAAGUCCCUGUCACCAUUCCUGGCCCGAGCGUCAACAGAGAAGAAGCAGCUAGUCGAAGACUUGUACCAGGAUAUCAUAAGACCUGCGAAUGUUAGCUGGGAGGACAUUAAGGGGUUAGAAGACGCGAAGAGCCUGUUGAUGGAGUCUGUCGUGUAUCCCGUCAGGCAUCCAGAAGUAUUCACCGGUCUUCUAGAACCGUGGCGAGGCGUGCUUUUACACGGACCCCCGGGUACGGGCAAGACGCUGCUAGCACGUGCCGUGGCCAACGAGAGUCGGUGCACGUUCUUCAAUGUUCAGCCAAGCACGGUUGUCACUAAAUGGCGGGGGGACUCAGAACGGAUCGUCAAAGUGCUCUUCGAGCUGGCUUCCUACUACUCUCCUUCAAUAAUCUUCAUCGAUGAAGUGGAGACAUUAGCCUCAGAACGCUCAAUGCCUGGCGAGCACGAGGCCUCACGGAGACUGAAGGCUCAACUCCUGACUGAGUUGGAUGGAGUGAGCGAGAGGGAAGGCAUAGUGUUCCUGCUCGCCAAUUCUAACAUGCCAUGGGAUAUUGACCCAGCCAUGCUGCGUCGCCUAGAGAAGCGCAUCUACAUCCCUCUGCCCGACCACAAGACCAGAGCUGAGCUGUUCUCCUUAUUCCUCGGUCCUGAUGCGGCGCCAUACCUCACCGACCUGGCCACGAGAACUGAGGGGUAUUCGGGCAGUGACGUAAAACUGGUGUGUAAGGAGGCACUAAUGGCAGGAGUUAGGAAGAUGCUGCCCAAUAUGGGGAAGGGAGAUAAAAACCAGCGCAAAGACCGCCUAGACCUGGCGGCCAUCUUGACGGCGAUAGACAAGACGAAGCCUGUCUCCAAGAACCUGAGCAAGAGGCAUGAACAAUGGCAGAACGAGACCGGCUGCUCGUGAUCGAUAUUAACACUUUCGCUACAAGAACCCGCCUGGCACUCGUGAACUUUGCUCAGAUGCUGGAGAACCCGCUGGGCACAAAGUUAAAAGCGAACGUCUCUAAAUUUCAGUAUUUUAUUCAAAUUAUCAACACACACAAAGAUACUUAAAAAAGUUGUUAUAGGGGUCAUCAUCAAAAUUGUAUUCUCUGCCACAGUAACUAUUGAAUAAAAGACGAAUUAUUAACAUUUGUUUAUUAGUAGUAGCUUAUUCUAUACAAAAUACUCUUUUUAAAAUAUAUGAACCAGUCUAAUUUUAGGAUCUCAAGUAUCUCAACUCAAUUCCAAUAUUCUAUCGAUGGUUAGCCUUUACCUAAACUUUUUAUUUCCAUUAAUUUACCCUAUUUAUUUUUAAUUUUGUAUACAAAAUAAAACAAUACGAUUAUAUUCAAUUGAUGAUUUUUAUUCACGAAAAUAAAUACUGGCUAUAACAAAUUUAUUACUAAAUCUAAAUAAUUAAAAAAAAUUAAACAUUGGUUAUAACUUGUUCUAUUACAUUGUUUAUUGAUUUACAUGUAUUUUUGUGACGCUAUGUAUUCUCAAUAAGGACUUUAAAAACUGUGCGUCGAUUCUGGUUCUAUUAAGAGGUAAUAUUUGCUUGAUAUUCGUUGAGAACAUUCGUCAGAGCAGCAGACGUGUAUUAAAGAGUAUUCAUAAAGGCUCUGUCGUAAUUUUCAUCGAUUGUCCAUAGAAACAUAGUCCACAUUACCCCUCCCUCCCUAUGUAGUCCGGAAAGCGGCCAAGCUGAAGUGGGAUUGGGCCGGUCAUGUCUGCCGAAUGCGUUAUCGGCCAAAAUUACCACAGAGUGACAGCAAAGGCCAAACGGGGACCCGGCAGAGCACGUAUGCGAUGGCGGAACGAGUUGGACUCCUUUUUGAAAUAAUAGCCGCAGACUGCUCGAAACCGGGAGGAAUGGAAAAAGCGGGGAGAGGCCUUUGCCCAGCAGUGGGACAUCGCAGGCUCUCAAUAAUAAUUAAUAUUAACAUUUCUUUCUCAUCAUAGAUACCAUAGGGCAUUAUGGAUUUUUGGGAGGCGUGCGCGGAGCCGAAGCCACCACGUAAAGUCCCUUUUGACACUAAUGACAUUAAAGGGGUAGUAGGGCUUUGUGCCCGGGACGCACGCAGCGGCAGCACCCGCCAGGGUGUAAGGACUAUUUUGAGAGUUAAUGGAAUUUCUGACAUUCAGGCGUUCAUAGGCUAAGCUUAACAUCAAGCCUUUUUCACCUACUCCCAACGUUGUAUAAAAAAGCGAACCUUCUCUUAAAUUAAACCAUGUGUUGAUAUGUUUAUGAUGCGAUCACGGUUAAAGGAACUAUAAUUUUAGUAAGGUGGGUAUUUUAAUCACUCAGUCAAUGUUAUUUUUAUAAAUUAAAGAUGAUACUGAUGAUAGUGAUUAUGAAAAUAUCAUGGAGUUUUUUUUUUCAAAGAUUAUAUACAGUAUGUAAACUAACGAAAACUUUACUGUAACCCGUAAAUGUCCAGGUGAUACUGAGAAACUUUUACUAUGGGAUCAACCCCGAAA